UGGGGCGCGCGCGUCGCGUCAUUGGUCGAUCUCCUCCUCUCAAUCAGUGUGAUCAGAUGUGAUCUGGCACCUGUGUGUGAAACACCCCCCGGAGCCUGUUGCUCAUGUGUGUUGUGGAGCGACCCGCUUCUUUGCUCUGUGUGACUAUGCGCGCGACUGCACGAUAACGAUCAUGUUUCGCAGCUUUGCGCGGUACUGAUGAUGAAGAGGACGCUUUUCAGAUAGAUACAUUUGUGUGUGUGUGUGUGUGCUUCUUCAUGUCCACUGGUCUGUCCUCAUCCUCCUCUAACAUCUGAUGAAGUUUGGGCUCGUUUUAGAUGCACUAUGUGAUGCAUCUGUGAUAUAGUCACCGGCGCGUCUCGAGAAGAACACGGAAAGCAAGGUCCUCGUUAUUCGUUUCCGCGAUGUCAAUGAGAAAAGCCACAUUGACGGAGAAUGAGGUUAAAAACGGAACAUCGAGGAAUGUGCUGGAGCGAUGCGCCUCGGUCAAUGAGUAUUUUGAUAUCGCUUUCAAGGUGAUGUUGCUGGGAGACUCGGCAGUGGGGAAGACCUGCAUCCUGGUGCGCUUUAAAGAUGGUGCCUUUCUGGGAGGCAACUUCAUUGCCACAGUGGGGAUAGACUUUAGGAAUAAGGUGGUGACUGUGGAUGACAUGAAAGUCAAACUCCAGAUGUGGGACACGGCCGGUCAGGAGAGGUUUCGCAGUGUUACUCAUGCUUACUACAGAGAUGCUCAGGGUAAAUACACCAUCUUCACUGAGACGUUUGCACUUCUAACAGACUUCAUUACUGCUCUACUGCUGCUGUAUGACAUCACGAGGAAGUCCUCCUUCGACAACAUCAGAGCCUGGCUGACUGAAAUCUAUGAGUAUGCACAGAAGGAUGUGGUCAUCAUGUUGCUUGGCAACAAGUCAGACAUGGCGGCUGAGAGGGUGAUCACACACGAAGAAGGGGAGAAGCUGGCUAAGGAAUAUGGAGUCCCUUUCAUGGAGACAAGUGCCAAGACCGGCGUCAAUGUGGAGCUCGCUUUCCAAGCCAUAGCAAGAGAACUGAAGCACAGAAACAUCAUCCAGCAGCCCCAUGAGCCCAAGUUCAAGAUCCACGAUUACAUCGAGUCUCAGAAGCAAAAGUCCAGCUGCUGCGGCAGCAUCAUGUGACCAGCUCCACG